CUACGCCUGCUUUUUGGUCUCAUAGAUUGUUGCCCCUAUUUUCCAGCGUUAGACUAUUUUUAUCACAACAUCAUGGGCGGCACACCCGAGAACUACUGCCUGUUGCAGGGUUUCGAAUGGAACGUCCCCGCCGAUCAAAAGCACUGGCUCCGUUUGAAGAACGUCCUUUCAGAGCUGAAGAAUGCCGGAAUCGACAACAUUUGGUGCCCUCCGGCGUGUAAAGGUGCUGGCGGCACCGAGGCCAACGGCUACGAUGUCUACGACCUGUACGAUAUAGGCGAGUUCGACCAGAAGGGCGGCAAAUCCACGAAGUGGGGUCCGCGCGAGGAUCUGGACCAGUUGGUCAACAAGGCCCAGGAACUGGGCGUGGGAUUGUACUUUGACGCCGUGCUCAACCACAAGGCUGGCGCGGAUCACAAGGAGAAGUGUCGUGUCAUCGAGGUCGAUCAGAAUGAUCGCAUGAAGGACAUGGGAGAGCCCUACGAGAUUGAAGCAUGGCUGGGCUUCGACUUCCCUGGGCGCAAAGACAAAUACUCGUCCCAAAAGUAUCAUUGGGAGCACUUUUCGGGAACGGACUACGACGCGGGUAAUGAUCGAACCAGCAUCUUCAGGAUCGUCGGCGACAAUAAGCACUGGUCCUCCAGCGUGGGCGACGAGUCCGGCAACGCCGAUUUCCUAAUGUUCGCGGACGUCGAUUACAGUCACCCGGAAGUCGAAAAGGAUGUGAUUCACUGGGGCGAAUGGGUGGUCAAGGAAUUCAAGCUCAAGGGGUUCCGAUUCGACGCGUGCCAGCAUUUCAGCGAGCGCUUCACGAACGAGUUUGCCGCCAAUUUGGAGAAGCAAUUUGGUAAGGACUCGCUGUUUCUCGUCGGCGAAUACUGGUCGGGCAACGCCAAGGAGAUGCUGGAGUAUCUUGAUGAAAUGCACCAUCGAUUCAGUCUGUAUGAUUCACCGCUGGUGAAUACGUUCUCGCAACUGAGUAAGACGGAGAAGGGAGAUCUGCGAAAAGUGUUUGAUGGAAGUCUGGUGCAGGCUCGACCGCAGAGUGCGGUGACUGUGGUCAUGAACCAUGAUACGCAGCCUGGACAGACUGUCGCGACGCCAAUCGAGGGUUUCUUCAAGCCCCUUGCUUAUGCGCUGAUAUUGUUGCGGAAGGAAGGGUAUCCUUCUGUCUUUUAUGGUGAUUUGUACGGGAUGCAGGGCAAGCAUGCGGAGCCGCCGAGUUGUGGGGGGAAAUUGCCUGCUUUGGUGCUUGCGAGGAAAUUGUUCGCGUAUGGCGAGCAGGAUGAUUACUUUAGCGACGAUGCGAAUUGUAUUGGUUUCGUCAGGAGGGGAACAGAUGACCGCAAGGCUGGCCUGGCGUGUGUCAUGAGUAAUGCUGGGCCCGGGGAGAAGAAGAUGUCUGUUGGAAAGGAGCAUGUGGGUGAGGUGUGGACUGAUGUGCUGGGCUGGCAGACGGAGGAGGUCAAGAUUGACGAUGAGGGAUAUGGGUUGUUUAUGUGUCCUGGGACGAGUGUGUCUGUGUGGGUUAAUAAGGAGGCUGAGGGACGGGACAGGAUUGACAACUUGGAGUUUGAUACCGAGAUUUACAAGAGGGCUUGAUUGGAAUUUGGAAAGUGAUAGAGAUGGGGUUUGGAUAUUAUGAUAUGCCAUGUCAGGGGUAAUGUGGUUUUAAUUAGAAUCGUAGACCCAAGACAGAGUAGACAGUCUAGAGGGAUAGAGAUGGGCCAGCUUUCUUACAAAUGCAUAGAAAUGGAAGACAUCUUAUGAAGAGCAA